AUGAAAACCCUCUGCAUAGAAAACACCUUUCUCUAUGUGAAGCUGGCUUCCCUGCUCAGGAGAACAAAGGCGUCGUUUAUCACCGGGGCAGGCAUAUCUACCUCUGCAGGCAUUCCUGAUUUUAGGUCCUCCAACGGGCUGUUUAAAGAGAUAAAACAGACAUAUGGGUACACGGGAGAAGAUAUCUUCACGCACUCUGUGGUCCAUAGCAGCCCCGAAGCAAUGGACAUAUACAUAACACUAAUAACAAAACUAAAAGAGUCGCUUUCCAAAACUCUUCCAACGCCAACGCACAAAAUGCUCUCUCAUCUGCAGAGCAAGCACAAAAUAAAUAUUUACACACAGAACAUCGACGGGUUAGAGAGAAAAGCGGGGAUAAAAGAAGGAAUACACUACCUACACGGAAACAUGGACAGGCUAGUGUGCACGCACUGUCUGCACAGCACACCAUACACUCUGGAGCAUAACAAAAAAUUGAUAAAAGGCGUGCAAUGCCCGUCCUGCACGGAAAGAAGAGCAAAAAGAGAGGCAGAGCAGAAAAGAAAGUGUCCAGUGGGCAGCAUGAUGCCUGACAUUGUACUGUACGGAGGCCCGCACGACACCACAGAAACAGCAGAGUCUGUGCAGAGAGAAAAAGAUACAAGCUUGCUAAUUGUUAUGGGAACAAGUCUAAAGGUGUACGGAGUCAGAAAUUUGCUGAGAACCCUCGCAAGAACAGUGAAGAAGAAUGAAGGCAUUCGAGUGUAUGUGGGCAUAGAGCCUCCUCCAAAGCCCUUGCAGGUAUAUUUUGAUUACUGGAUAGAAGGAAAGUGUGAUGCAUUCUCAGACUCGCUGAUGGAGACUAUUCAGGGAGGCAUGCUUCUCAAACAGAUCAGAAAAGUAAAGGGAAUGGACGGGAUUAUCGAGUCUCUUCGGCGGCUAUCUAUUGAUCCAACAGCUGAUCAUGCCAGCCUUCCGCCCAAGAGCAAAGUGGCUGAAUAG